CUGCGCAGGGCUGAGUCAGGGUGGGCUGAGUGUUGCAUAACAUGUAAAUGUCAAUAAUAUCUAUUGGUGUUUGCGGUGUUUGGAGUUUUAGGAGUUGAGAUGCGUUAGUAUCUUUAUAUUAUCAGGGCACUUAUUCACUUCAUUCAUCCCUGAACAGCUUGAAGUGGGGUGCAUAGUCGCGACGAGCGUCGAUAAUAAAUUUUCAGAAUAAAAUGUUUUCUGCAAUAAGGCUGUUGCCCAGGCAGCCUGCUGGCUUUCUCCGGCGAUGGGGGAUGCUGAACCAGACCAGACUGAUUCAAAAGGGGGAAGAUGGAUCAGCUUCAUCCCCUUCCCCGACACCCGCGGCGGCUGCUGGCACCCCUGCCCAGUCUCCCGUCCCGGCGGCGGCGGCGGUCCCCGACCUCCCCCUGGCGGGCGCCGACCGCUCCCCGCCGGAGGGGUCCGCGUCGGCCGAGCAGAUCGCCGCCACCUUCCACGCCAUCCGACGCGUGUUCAGCAGCUGCUCGACGGUGGACGAACUGCUGGCUGUGGCCGAGCGGCGCCAGCUGUCCCGCACUGAGGCACUCCUCUGGAUCACCUCUGUGGCGCAUAUGGCCGGCGAGCAGCGCGUGCCGGCCGCGCAAGUCACCGCACACCCCUGUUACCGGGCGGUGACGGAGCAGCUGCUGCAAGGCAACACGGACCGGCAGCCGCUGCACCGGCUGCUGGCCCCGGCGCGCGCGCUCAGCGAACUCGGCGUACCGCCGGACGACCCGCUGCUCGCCUCACUGAUCACAGACCUCAUCUGGAACCUGCGCAAAAUGACCAUGAAACAGCUCGUCCAGUGUUUCCGCCUCUCGCUGACGGCCGGCGCGUCCAAGGUGACUGGCCAGCUGCGCGCGCUGACCCAGGAGGCCAUCCAGCGCCGAUGGGUGGAGAUCACCUCGGGCGAGGAGGUGGUGGUGCUUAUGAAACACAGACGGUUGCGCGCGCGCCUGCCGGCACCGCCGGUGUCCGAUUGUCUCGACCCCCGGGUGUCCCCGUACGCCCACCUGCGCGCCGCUCUGACCACAUUGACCUGCAGUGACCAGUUCCCGGCCGAGUUCGUCCGUCACCUGGAGGACCGGGCUCUGGACGCGGCCAGCACCGCCACUGUCUCCGAGGUGUCCCGACUGCUGGGACUGCUGGCCGAACAGCGUCGUCGGCCGCCGCCGCUGCUGCGAGCGCUCUGCUUCCACGCGGCGCGCCAGCCCGAGCCGGUGGCCUACAAGGACGCGGUGCGCACCCUGCUGGCGCUGCAGAAACUCAACUUCCCCGAUCAGAUGCUGCUGGAGAAGCUGUCCCGGGAUCUGGUAUCCCAGACGCCGUCCGUGGAGAGGGUGAACGUCAUCAGCUCGGCACUGAAGGCCGCGGGACUGCUGCACUGGCGCAACACAGAGUUUCUGGAGGCGGCCGCCACGUGGUACGAGCGGCACCUGGACUCACUGCGGCCUCUGGACAUUGUAUCCCUCAUCAUCACACUGGCCACGGUCAACUACUCGCCCACCAACGCGGCCACACUCAUACCGGCACUGAUCGCCCGCUGCGGCCGGGAGCAGCUGCCGCGGCCUCAGGUGUGGCUCGACCUGGUCUGGUCUCUGUCCGUCCUGGGCCGCAGCUCGGCCGACCAGCUCCGGUCCGUUCUGGAGCCAGAGUUCUGCCGUGCCCUGCAGCGGGAGAGGAUACACCUGGGUGCCCGGCUCAAACUGGCCAAACUGGAGGCUUACGCUCGACUGAAACACGAGUACCAGGGUCCGGCGGUGGCGGCGGCGCUCGGCAGUCCCGGGGAGCCGGUGGCGCCGCCGCGCUCCCAGGACUCGGAGACACUACAGAAGGCAGUGCUGGAGGCGCUGGUCAACUUCCUGCCCCCGCCGCGCUACCUGCGCGUGGGCGGCGCGCCGGCCGCCGGCUGCGCGGUAGACGCCGAGUUCACGGUCGGGGAUGAUGGCGCACCGGUCCCCUGCGAGCGGUACGGCAGCGCGCUGCCCGGCGCGCCGCCGCCGGCCGAGCAGCCCCCGCCGGGUGUCCACAGGGUGGCGCUGUGUACCUGGAGCUACCGCGACAUGACACUAGACUCCGUGGAAGUCACCGGCUUCAACCAGAUGACCGUCAACCUACUGGAACUGAGCGGCUACAAGGUGCUGGAGGUGGCACACGCAGAGUUCCGACAACAGGACAGUCAGGUGGUCAAAACCAAACUGCUCCGGCAGAAAAUCAGGGACCUGGUAGCGCGGUAGCAACGGUCCGCCCCGCGGGACCGUCUAGUUAAUAUUGUGUCUGUGUGGACGUUACUGCGAACGAACGUCAAAUAGGAUGUGCAGCGUGAAGUAUGUUGAUGCGCUGAGAAGUACGUAGUCUAUACAGGCUACCGUGCUGCUAAGACGGUCAGAUUGUUUUCGCUACUAUUUGAAUGAAUGUCGGCGCGAUUUGUGAUGGCGCAUAUUUGCGCUCUAGAGCAGGGCAUCUGGCUUUCGAUGAUUUUCAGCGUCGAUACCUCAGUGUGAUGAUUAUCGUGAGGAGUCCGUCGUAAAAAUAUGUGCUUGUACAGUAAUAAACACCGAAAGAUCAGGCGUACACACUGUGACUGAUGCCGAUCAGGGUGACGAAGCGCACGUCUGGCUGCGCCUUGGCUGAGCUACUCUGCGAGCGAACCAAAGUCCUCCGGCAUAUGCCCAUGACGCGAACGCAUGGCAUUGUGAUAAUACACAAUGUCUGCGACAUUUCAGUAUCA